UAGCGGGGCCACCUAACCGCCUCCCAGAACGACUGUCGAGUAGGAGAGUGACGUGAACGACGAUCUAAACAAGUAUCAGCUGGUGGCAGUCAUUGUUCGUAACUUCGUGUCCGUUUUGGCAGGCGUACAAGAAUCCUAAUUCUUCUUUUUUUCCCAUCGCUGUACAGCCCCGCUGGUGCAGCAUCGCGCAGGAAAGGGGGCAAAUUGCAAUUUUCGUACAAUCGUGGCUCCGUGCUUUGCCCCACCAACGAAACGAGCGAUAAUAAUUGUGUGAAAAACGGGGUGGUACGUGAACAAGCCUGGCCUCGAGCGGCGAGUCGGACGACGGUGGACUCGCUCCGCCACCGCGCAAAAGGUCCCGUAGUUCUCUCUCGGCUACCGUAAGACCAGCGGACGAGCUCCACUCCAGCCUAGAGAUGGAAAAUUUUCGGUAAUCGUCGUCGCCUCGCCGACUGCCCCGCUCGUUCAUCGUCCAUUAAUUUUCGUUUCAAGUUUCAUCCCUGUUCGCUCACUACUACUCUCCACCACCAUGCAGCAGGCAUCUAAUGGUGUAUCUGCGCCGCCCGGGCCUCAGCAAAACGGAGCUUCCGCAGACUCUGGAGGCCCACAUAGUAACGGCAACAUAACACUAGGACCUGACAGUGAUCUAAAUAGUAUGAAUAGAGAGGCAAACAGAGCUUCGGAGACGCCAAAAGUUAUGGACAAAACAAAUCAAGACAUUGUACGACUGAUUGGUCAACAUCUGAAGACAGUUGGACUUGAUCGUACAGCCGAUCUGCUCAUGCAAGAGUCCGGAUGUCGCCUUGAUCAUCCUUCUGCAGCAAAAUUCAGGCAACAUGUAAUGGAUGGUGAUUGGAAUAAAGCAGAUCAUGACCUUAAUGAACUGAAGUCGUUUCUACAUGGAUCCAGUCAGAGUCUUGUGGAAAUGAAGUUUUUGCUGCUAGAACAAAAAUACCUCGAAUAUUUGGAGGAGGGUUUGGUUUUAGAAGCUUUACAAGUUCUACGUAACGAACUCACUCCUCUUGGACAUAAUACUGGGCGUGUUCAUCAGCUCUCAGCUUUUAUGAUGUGCAGUGGACGCGAUGAACUACAGACACGGGCUGGUUGGGACGGUAAAGGUCCAGCCUCCAGAGCUGCCUUAAUGGACCGACUGCAAAGGUAUCUACCACCUUCUGUUAUGCUUCCGCCACGUCGCUUGCACUCGCUGCUCUGCCAAGCUGUGGAAAUGCAAAAUCAACAAUGUACAUACCACAUUACUCAGACACAGACAAAUUUAGAGAGUGUGUCUCUACUGGUGGACCACAACUGCAGUAAGGAACAAUUCCCAUGUCACACAACUCAGGUACUUAAUGACCACUGUGACGAAGUAUGGUACUGCAAGUUCUCCCCAGAUGGUCUUAAGCUUGCCACUGGUUCCAAAGACACAACCGUCAAUGUAUGGGAUGUUUGUCCCGACACCUUAACUGUGACGCAUAGAAAGACUCUGGAAGGACACUCUUACGGAGUGGCACUAAUUGCGUGGAGCCCCGACAGCAGUCAUUUAAUUGCUUGCGGACCUGAAGAUUGCCCUGAACUUUGGCUUUGGAGUGUCGAAACACCUGACUGUGAACUUCGAGUGAAGUUGACUCAAAGCCCAGAGGAUUCCUUGACUGCAUGCGCCUGGCAUCGUGAUGCCAAUAAAUUUGUUACUGGAGGGCUGCGAGGUCAAUUUUAUCAAUGUGAUAUGGAAGGCAAUGUUAUCGACUCAUGGGAAGGUGUUCGAGUAAAGUGUUUAUGGUGCAAAAGUGAUGGAAAAACUGUUCUAGCAGCUGAUUCACAUUACCGCAUACGUGGCUAUAACUUCGACGAUCUGUGCGACUUCACAGUACUGCAAGAAGACCAUCCGGUAAUGUCCUUCAGUGUGAAUAAGUCUGACCGACUUGCUCUACUGAAUGUAGCGAACCAAGGCGUUCAUCUCUGGGAUCUGCAAGAUCGUUGCCUUGUAAGGAGGUUCCAAGGUGUCACGCAAGGACAUUUUACAAUACACAGCUGCUUUGGUGGUAUUAAUCAAGAUUUUGUUGCCUCUGGAAGCGAAGAUAACAAAGUCUACGUUUGGCACAUAAAGAGAGAAUCACCUAUAGCUACACUGGUAGGCCAUAGUAGAACCGUUAACUGCGUAUCUUGGAAUCCUGUCUAUCAUCAAAUGAUGGCUUCUGUUUCCGAUGACUGUACGGUACGGAUAUGGGGGCCCCGACCCUCUACCCCAGAAAGGUCAGAUAGUGUGAAGACUGCAGCGCCGGAAAGUAGUUCAUCAAAUGGCAGUGGAUGGCACGAGAUGGUGUCGUAGCGGUUCAAUGUAGACUGUGAUUCCCAUAACCCUGUGGUGUUCAAAAGACUGCCCUGUUGACCCUAUACCUUGAAAAUGAAUAAUUCGAUAAUCUGCUCUACUAUAUCCUGAUCUAUCACAGCUCUGGAGACAACCGCGGGCCUGAUAUAAACAGCGCUUAACGCUCAAUUGAUUUGCAUAAGCCAGUAUCCUCAAACGGGUAAUAAUCAUGUAACAUUUCGCAUAAUUAGUGCAUUCAAGUAUACGCACUCUACAGUCCAACCAUACUACAUUUCGCAAUUAUUUCGGCAAAAAGCACUUUCAACGCCUAUUGAUUUGCCGAAUUUUCGCGUCAUGUUAACUCACACCGAAAUGCCACUAAGCUCGUAAUAGCAAACGCUCAUUUAUAUAAGUACUGUUACGUUCAACACGAUCUACAAAUAAAGUGUUUUGUGCCUGGCCAUUGGAUGUACUGUAUUGGUUAGUGGGUACAAAUUUUAAUUCAUAGACAUUGAUAUCCAUUCAACUGCUGUAAUAAAUUUUUUCAUUAAAUUAUCUCGAGUCGUGAGAAACAUUAGUUUACCUCCAUUUUGGCAUUAAAUUAUCUACUAAUUCCUUGAAAAUUUGAUUGCUCAUCUACGUCGCUGCCGAAUAUUGAACAUCAACUUGCGAGAAAUCCAAACAUCAUGUCUUACAAUUAGAUACUGGUCUUCUAAAUUUGACUUAAAAAUAAGUGUAUAUUCAAAUUUUUAGAGAUGGGGAACUGUCAGUCUGGCUGCAAAAAGCAUUAUCUAUCUGGAGCGUAUUGAUAAAGACAAUCCGUUGAUAAUGCUGUGCCAAAUUAAUUUGAUUAAACGAUAAUGAAUUCUUAAUAAUUAGUGAUGAUGAUGAUGUAUAAGUGAAAAUAGGGGCAUGUGUGAUAAUAAUUUUUCAAUACAAACAAAGCUAUUACGUCAUCUUAACUUUUGUAGAUUAUAGAAGAAGUAAUGCAAAAUCUCAAAAUCCACCCUAACUGAUUGCACUAGAUGCAAUUGUGGAAGAAAAAUGUUCCCACUGACCUGAAAUAUACAUACUUCAUUGAUUUACAUUUCAUGAAGUUAUUUCACAUGAUGAUCACAACAUGCAAGUUCAAUGUUGGGCAAACUCUUAAACCAAAUAUGAUCUCAUCAAAUGUCACCAACAGCAAAUUGAAAAUAAAAUGUGAUAUACGUUUUGAAUUUGCCUGAUUUCAUAAAGACUCAGAUUACUUUAACUCUUGUGUUUCCAAGUUAUACAACAAUCCACGUGUAAGGUACUAGAUAAUUUUGUUUACAUUUCCUUCAAGUACCCUCGUAUAAAAUGUUUUCAAUUAUCGAUAUAUCCACAUAUGUCUAAUAUAUGUACAUACAUGUAUAUAAACAUAUAUCUAAUAGAUGUACAUGUGUACUGUGUAAUAAAUACCUUGGAAUUCUCAAUCCGUUUUCGAUGCAAAGUACAAAAUGUUGCCAAGGAGAACAAUCUCCCCGUCAACAUCUAUGUUACAACCAUUCUGAUGAAAAUGCAAAUUUAUCUUAUCAGAAAAUGAUGUAAUUCUUCGAGUUGUUUAUCACGAAUACCAAAAAAAAAACAUUGAACAGCAAAUACUUGUUUCUGUGAAGAAAUUUGAGGAUACAAAACUUGUGGCUAUUGAUGAGAUUAUGUGUGGUAAAAUUUUCAAUACAUUAGUUAUCAUUCGGAGUGAUAAUAACUCGUGAAUGAAAUUAUUUAUACAUACGUAUAUGUAUAGGUGUGCUUUAAUAUCAAUGAAAAAUACAAUAAAAAAUUGAGCCCAACUUGACACGUUUUUACUAAAUUUUAUCUAAAAAAAAAUGUAUCGAACCAGCAUGACACCUGUUUUUUUGCACUGAAAAUGUACCCUACCUGCAACCCUGACUCGCGGCUAUCCACGUCACAUUUUGACCUACUAAUUUUCAUGGCCUAAUCCAAUGAUUCUAAAAAUUCGACAAAUGGUUGUUGCCUGUAGUGUACGAUGUCGCAGCAAGCCUGAAUAAUUUUGGUAUCCACAUAAUCUAAGAGCAUUGGAAUUGAGAGAUGCACUUAAGCCUUAGGGUAAGACUCAGAGAAAAAGAAAAAGAAAUAAUUAUACACAUGUACAUAUAUAUAUACACUCAUAUGUAAGUAUAUGUAUACAUAUGUAUGUAUAUACAUGAGGGUGUUAUAAAAAAAAAAAAAAUUUUAUCUUCGUAAUAGGUUCAGAAGUUUUGUUCAGGCAUAAAUAUAUGCCUGUUGAAAUUUGAGGUCUUAAUAUUAACAUUAAGAGGAUUUCUAUUUUCCAUAAGAAUAACACUGGAUAAAUGGUUUUUGCUCCUUCUGAUUUUUAUAACUAGCUAACGAUGUGUUGUACAGGAAAUUCACAGACACAUUUUUGUAAAGAAUUGAACACUCUACAAGAAGGGUUCGUUAGCAUUUUAUGAUAAAUCUAGUCUUUUAAAAGUUAUUUGAGGUCAAAAAUUAUUUUAGGUGUGUAAUAAUUUUUGAAAGAGUAGAUUCAUCGUAAAAUGACGACAGACCCUUUUUAUAGAGGAUUCAAUUCUUUACAAAAAUAUGUCUGUGAAUUUCCUGUAUGUCACAUCGUUAGCUAGUUAUAAAAAUCAGAAGGAGCAAAAACCAUUUAUACCGUGUUAUUCUUAUAGAAAAUAAAAAAAGCGCGAUGCGCAACCUCUUAUUGUUAAUAUUAAUUGUUCAAAUUUUAACGGGCAUAUUUUUAUACCUACACGAAACUAUUGAACCUGUUUCGAAGUAAAAAAGAGUUUUUUCUUUUAAACACCCCAAUAUGCAUAUAGGUAUAAUAAAUGUAUAAUAUUUAACGGAAUAGAUCGAGCAUAACACAUUGUAGUAAAUAAUAAAAAUCGUCAACUCUCGAACAUCUUUGGCGAGAAACAAUUGGAAUGGAUGUCUGUAAGUACACCUUCGAUUAAACUGACGUCCUUAGUUCAUUUAUAUCACAAUGCAAGUAAGGCGAUUACAAUCUUAAAGCGGAGUCUUAUAUGCCAGUGUACGUGAAUAUCACCGGAUAAGAGCAUAUGAAAAAUUAUUCCACAUUAGAAAUAUAAACACUAUACCUAUAUUCUAAAAUGCGUCAACAGAAAAUAUCAAACGAUCAGUUGAAAUAAAUUAUUGGUUUUAACUGGUCAUUUUGAACUGUCAAAUCUAUCGUAUUUAUAAUGAUAGUCGAUAUUUGAUAAUAAUAUUGAUAGAUCGUUGCAGGUGUCAUUAUUUUUGCCAUCCAACAAUUUGUAUAAAUUGAAAAAAAUAUUGUAUGUAGAUAAAACGUGGUGGCCAAACCUACGAAUUUUAAUGCGACAUUUAUUAUAUACUAGACCAAAACCACGUCUCGUCACAUUUUUUAAUAGAUGUUUAUUGAAUAAAUUAUAACGUCUAGAGAAUUUGACACUGGUUCAACCCUGCGAAUCAAAUGAUUAAAGUAAGAGAAGAAACAAUAACUGAACAUCUGAUCCACAACAUUGUUUUAGGAUUAGUAAAAAUAACAUAUGUACACACACCUACACACACACACACAUAUAUAUAUAUAUACACGUUUAAGAAGAGUGAGAAUCUAAUGUUGUGUUAUAUUUUCGACAUGUUUUUGUGAUGUCCAUAACGGCACGUACUAUUUUUAUUCUUUUUAAAACCGAUAUUUAAUCAGAAGAAACUUUUUUAAUCUUUAUUAUAUUAAGAUGUGUCAAAAAUAAAUUUUUCUGGCCAGCUAAUAUUUCCUGCUGUAACAAGUAACUUAAAAGAAUAAACUUCAACUAUUAAUCCCAAA